AUGAGUGGGUUGUUACAGAAAUCAUUGACUUUCAAGGACAUGUUUGUGGACUUCACCCUGGAGGAGUGGCAGUAGUUGGACUCUGCUCAGAAGACACUCUACAGGGAUGUCAUAUUUGAGAACUACCGCCACCUGAUCCCAGUGGGAUAUCUAGUUGCCUAGUCAGAGGUCAUCUUCAGGUUGGGAAAAGGAGCAGAGGCCUGGAUGGCACAUGGAGAAACCCCCAUGUGGAGCUGUCAAGACUUUCAUAUAUCUGACUUGAUUCCUCCUGAUACAAGAUUCUGCCUCGUAUCAGUAUCAGAUUUCACCUUUUAA